ACAACACAUGGGCCAGAGCAAGGGGAACACAAUAAUAAUAAAUAUCCACUGCUAACAGAAAUAAAUAUAAAUAUAUAUAUAUAAAAAUAUAUAUACAUACACAUUCCAUAUCAGAAUAACACCAUGGCGUACAAGCAGUUGACGGAGGCGAGCCGCGUUCCACUAAGCCGGAAAUUGGGUGCCUUUUUCUUUAACCUGUUGCAGGCCUGCUUUCGUUUCUUCUUCCGCUUAAUUUAUGGGGCGAGAGGUGAAAAAAUGCCGCCCAUUACGGAUCCCAUUCUGCUUGAAUCUGCUACAGCAUUGGCAGCCAAAAUUCGCAAUCAACAACUCAGCAGCGUUCAGGUUUUGGAGUCGUUUAUCCGGCGUGUCAAGGAAGUGAAUCCUUUGCUCAACUGUGUCGUCGAUGAGCGCUACGAUGAGGCACUCAAAGAGGCAACUGCAGCGGAUGAACUCAUCAAAUCUGGCAAAUAUACCUCGGAGCAACUGGCCAAACAGCAGCCAUUCUUGGGCGUGCCCAUUACAACAAAGGAUUGUAUUUCAGUGAAGGGCAUGCUGCACACGUCUGGCUUGUAUGUGCGUCGGGAAGUGCGUGCGGAGCAGGAUGCGGAUGCGAUGGCAUUGAUGCGCCAGGCUGGAGCGAUUCCCUUUGCGCUGACCAAUGUCUCAGAGGUGUGCAUGUGGUGGGAGAGCAAUAAUACGGUGCACGGCAGGACACGGAAUGCCUACGACACGAAUCGCAUUGUUGGCGGCUCCAGCGGCGGCGAGGGUUGUGUUCAAUCCGCAGCCGCUUCACCGUUUGGUCUGGGCUCCGAUAUUGGUGGAUCCAUACGGAUGCCGGCCUUCUUCAAUGGCAUCUUCGGCCACAAGCCCAGCAAACUGAUUGUCUCGAAUAAGGGCCAGUUUCCCACACCGUUCAGUGCCGAGCAGAACACGUUUUUGGGUCUGGGACCAAUGUCUCGGUUUGCCGAGGAUUUGCGACCCAUGCUCCAGAUUAUGGCCGGUGAGCAGGCGAAGCUGUUGCGUCUCAACGAACCCGUUGCACUGGAGAAGCUAAAGUUCUUCUAUCAGGAGUCGGAUGGCGGUGGUCGGCUGGUCUCUGACGUCGAUACGGAUCUGAAGGUGGCCAUGCGUCGCAUUGUCGAGCAUCUGAACAAGAAGUUUGGCGAUGGGCAAGUGGAACGCGUUCAAUUGCCACAAAUGCGUCAAUCGGCUGCCAUUUGGUUUGCGAAUAUGCGUGACAAUUCCGGCCAUGGCUUCAGUUUCCAACUGGGUGAUUUACGCUACGACAUCAACACACAUCUGGAGCUGCUCAAGUGGUUUGUGGGCGCCUCGAAGCACACAUUUAUUGGCCUGACAACUGCACUGAUGGACAAUGCGCAGUGUCAGCAUGGCUCGUCCAAGUACAAACAUCUGGUGGCCAAGCGGGAUGAGUUGCGUGCCACAUUGCAACAGCUGCUGGGUGAUAAUGGUGUCCUCAUCUAUCCCACACAUCCUACGGUGGCACCCUAUCAUAACGAGCCCAUCGUGCGUCCGAUUAACUUCUCCUACACGGGCAUUGUGAAUGUGUUGGGUUUCCCAGCGACAGCUGUGCCACUUGGUCUGGGCAGCGAAGGAUUGCCGUUGGGUGUCCAAGUUAUUGCCAAUUUCAAUGAGGAUCGCUUGUGUCUGGCCGUCGCCGAGGAGCUGGAGCGUGCCUUUGGCGGCUGGACGCGUCCCGAGGUCCAAUUGUGAGGAGGAUUACACUAUAUAUAUACCCAAUCAUACACAUUUAGGUGUAUAAAUGUAUCCUAGCUUAUUAGUAAUUAUUGUAUUCGGGGGCCCCGCAAUUAACCCACCAAAGCAAAAAUCAAUUUAACAACAACUAUCCCACUAAAUUAUAAAUUGUA